ACAAGGAACCUUUGCGGCUGGUCUGAGGCAAUAAAGUACUUACCUGGUUUGAUUUUUUUUCAGGGGGAGGGGGGGUUCAGCCUUUAGACGUGUUGUUGAAUAUUUGUCUAGUCCUUUAAGAAUUCAUCAAAAUGAUUCUGACCGUGAAACCACUCCAAGGAAAAGAAUGCAGUGUACAGGUGACUGAAGAUGAGAAAGUCUCUGCAGUGAAGGAACUUGUGUCACAAUGUCUCAACAUCCCAGCAAACCAGCAGCGGUUGCUGUAUAAAGGGAAGGCACUUGCAGAUGAACACAGAUUGAGCGAUUACUCCAUUGGGCCAGAGGCCAAAUUGAACCUUGUUGUCCGUCCAGCUGGGGAGAGGAGUGGAGCUACAGGGAUGACCAGUAGCAGUAGCACCAGUCCACAAGGAGGAGUGUGGCAGACUUUAUCCACUGUCCUCGCUAGGCACUUUAGUCCUGCAGAUGCAGCCAAAGUCCACGAGCAGCUCAUCAAGGAUUACGAGCGUUCACUUCGACAACUCAGUCUAGAUGACAUUGAGCGCUUGGCUGGACGACUGCUUCACCCAGAGAGCGAAGGCAUGGACACCUCAUACAUGGACUGAGAACCUGCCCAAGAGGAGGUUGCCCUUAUGAUUGUCAGUGGAGAAGUGUUUGUUCUUGGAGGAGUGUACAGUGUUUUUAGAGAGUAAGGCUUGGAAAACACAGUAUACAUUUUCUUGCAGAGGGUCCCAGGUGUGUGCCUAAUCAGUGGCUCAGUAUAUGUGGGGAAAAACUGACCAUUGAUUAUCUCAGCAAUAGGACAUUGUUAUCCAACACCAGAGUGACUGGAUAAGAAAAGUUUGACUAUUUUGUUGGGUCUUGCAUCGAUGACUAUUUGAUUUAAUCAAAUAAGAUUUCAAUACACAGGAAACCACAUUUGGCUGUUGGAUUGUGACCUCUGCCUCCUAAAGCUCCUAUGGGAAACUAAUGUCUGUUGGAGGAUAUUUAUUAUUCAUGUCUGUAAUGGAUGAUGACAGACUGUUUUCUGUUAAAUGUGUGAGAAAGGUAAUGCUUGUACUAUCUGUUGACUAACUGGUGAUCAGUGUAUGAUUUGUAAAUAAUGUGUUUAUAUACAAGUAUUAAAACAAGUG